AUGGGCUGGGUGCUCUCCAUAAAGAUGACCUUUGGCUCGGCCGCAGAGAGGGACCGGUUCGGUGAGCUGUUCCGACCGCUGGCAGAGUGGGUGACGGCAAACGAGCCCAACACACUCGCUUACGACCUCCUCCUCUCCGACAAGGAUGAAUGUGUGGCGUGCGUGUUUGAGCGAUAUGCGACUAAGGCAGACUUGGCCACCCACCAGCAGAGCGAGCCAUUCAAGGCCUUCAAGGCAGGAUUGGCCGAGGCGGAGGCUGCCGGGACGAUCCACAGAGUCAGUGUCGAUGGACACUCCUUCAAUGAGGCGCAGGUAGGUCACAUGCAGCGACGCGGGUGA